AUGGAGAAUACCAACUAUUUAAAAAGGAGAUUUAGAAGUAGUGGGUCACUUGAUAUGAGAGAUACAAUGUCAAGUUCUUAAGGGUUUUUUAGUACUAACAAACUUUUUGUAAAUUAAUAAGGAUUAAGUUCCAACAUUUCUUCAUCAACUUUAAGACAUACAGCUCUCUAAUUUUCCUUUCCAAGAGCUCAUAGAUUCAAUUCUUAAUCAGAAUAUAAUAUUUAAAUUUUAGAACUUCCAAGUCAAUUAGGAAAUAAAACAACUUCUUAAGGAUUUGGGGGAAGAAUAGAAAAUUUUUAAUGGACAUGGUAAGAAACAAAUGCUAAAGAAAUGCCAAGUCCAGAUAGAUAUGAUGUAAGAGAAAUCCCUGGAAAGGAUAAAUUAAAAAGGUCUUUCGGAGGACCAUGGGAAUUAUACUCUAAAACAUAUCUGCCUUAUAAUAAGAACUAAGCUCCAGAAUUUGCCAAAUUUUUACCUGGUAAUUAUUCAUACUUAAUAAGAGGACCUGGAGAAUAUAAAGUUAGAAAAGAUUUAGGUUAACAUAAAUAUAAAUUUUUAUUGAAAGGGAAAGGCAAAAUGAUGAAUGAUAAUCCAGAAAAUGGAGUUCCAGGUCCUGAAGCUUAUUCUCCUACAACAAAACUUACCUCGCCUUCUCGAUUUAAAGUAAAAAGUCAAAUUUUAUUGAUUAGGACAUCACUUAAGGGAUAGGUGAAAAAAAAGAUCCCUUUCGAUCAACUAGUACAACACCAGGCCCUGGUAAAUAUGAAUUACCAUCCGCGUUCUCGAAAAAACUUAGAGUAAGAGGAGGGGAUAAACGAGCCUUUAUAUGA